AUGGACGAGAGCAAACCCCUGAAGGUGCGGCUGACGUUCUCGGUCAUCCUGGUGGGCAUCUCGCUGCUCUUCGCCGCCGUGGUGACUGACCACUGGGCCGUGCUCAGCCCCAGCCUGGAGGAGAACACCACCACCUGCGAGGCGGCUCAUUUCGGCCUCUGGAGACUCUGCACCAGCGGAUUUUUCAUGCAGGAGCAAGGUCCCAAAGAGAAGAGCUGUGGGCCCAUCAGCCUGCCAGGAGACCACAACUGCUCCUACUUCAAGCACUUCACUCCAGGAGAGACCUCAGAGAUAUUUGAAGUAACCACCCAGAAAGAAUACAGCAUUUCAGCUGCAGCCAUUGCCAUCUUCAGCGUUGGCUUUGCGAUCAUCGGGACAAUCUGUGUCCUCCUGUCCUUCAGGAAGAAGAGGGAUUAUCUGCUGAAGCCAGCAUCCAUGUUCUACACCUUCGCAGGUCUCUGCAUCAUCAUCUCUGUUGAAGUCAUGAGACAAUCCGUGAAGAUGAUUGACAGCAAGGAGACAGCCUGGAUCAAGUACAGUUACUCGUGGUCCUUCGCCUGUGCCUGCGCCUCCUUCGUGCUGCUCUUCGUCUGCGGCAUCGCCCUCCUCCUCAUCGCGCUGCCCCGCUUCCCCCAGAACCCCUGGGAGACCUGCAUGGAUGCAGAACCCGAGCACUGAUGGUCCCUGCACCCAUGAGAAAUAUCCAGAAAGUGUUCUGAAAAUAUUUGUAUUUUUUAAAAA